AUGGCGUUCAAUAUACCACAUGCCAUCCAGAUACCUGUCAGGCGAAAAGGUGACCAUAAAUGUUCUGUCCAUAGAAAUAAGGAGCUAUUAAUACACUGCUCAGACUGUGAUGAACUCAUUUGUAUCAAAUGCAGUAUCUCCAUCCACAACGGACACAGACAAGAGGAGCUGUUAGAUAUAAUACCACAGAGGAAAUCUUUGCUUCAGGAUUAUAUCAACGAUACUGAAAAUAAAACUCUAGUUCAUCUCAAAAAGGAGAUUGGGUCAGUUGAAAACAAGCUGAAUGGAAAUGAAACAAAAGUUGAUGAUCUUCCCCCACAGAUGAAAGAUCAAGAAGAUUUCGACAUCCUGACAGAAGAGUUUAGUAGUAUCCAGUUGAGAGGCAAGAACAGGGAUGUUUUAAUAAAGUACAAAGACGAACUAGAAGACAGGCUUUCAAAUCUUGAAGAAAAGAUGAAAAUGUGUAAACAGGUGUUACAAUCUGGUACCGCCGUUCAGGUGUACGACGAAACGUCCAAUAUCCAUGUUGAUACUUCCAAACUCCCGUUAGAACCAGUUUUACGCGAGAAUGACUUCCAUCUUUGUACAUCAACGCCUGACCAAUUACUAGACAAUUUGACCACCUCUAGUUUGCUAAAGGAAAGUGACAUUAGCGCGAAUCAUCAUGGAACAGAUACUCAAUCGUUAUUAGACAAUCUCCCCUCAAAAGUCCUCACGAGCGGUGUGUCUCUUCAGGGAAAAUCCCUAGAUCAGAUGCUGCUGAUAGACUCCGAAGUCAUAGCAAACAAAAGAUCAAGAAGAAAUGCUGUACACAUCGCACCACCAUACCACCAAACAUAA